UUUUUUUUUUUUUGUUUGUCUGUAGUCUCGAAAAAAACACAAGAAAUUAAACAAAAAUAAAUUUUAAUUUAACAAAUAAAACUCCUCAUCACCAGAGAGUGCAAAAUAGAAUUAAUUUAUUCAUAUUAAAUAUCUUCAUAUUUCAUUUACCACUUAUUUAUUUCAUUACAAAAUUGCAACACAUAAAAAAAACUAAAAAACCGACGACAUUAUAAAAGAAUUCCAGGAAUUACAACAAAAACUUGCUUUUUUUUUUGCCUUACUUAAAUUACAACAAGUUGCACCUCUCAAAAGCAAAGCAAAAAAAAAAGAAAACGAGGAGGAGAAAACAGCAGCAGCAAAAACCAAAAAAAAGUCAUCAUGAUGAGCCACUUUUUUUGGUAGAAUAAAAAGAAAAACCUUGUCGGAAAAAAACCAAAUAAAAAAAAAAACAAGAAAAAACAAUUUAAAACCAAAUAAAGGAAGAGGAACUCGAGGAAGUGAUUCACUUUUUUUUCAGAAACAAAACAAACAAACAAAAACUCCCUCAACAAAAAUGAGCAUCAAAACAAGAGCAUUAGUGUUUUCGACAUUCUUUGGAAGCUGCAUAGCAAUCGGCUUGCUUUUGGUCAGUUUAACAACAAAUUAUUGGGUUCGAGCGUCGCCGAAACGACACAAUACUUCGGAAUCUUUUGGAAAUGUGAACUAUGGCCUCUUCUUUGGUAACAGAGAUUUAAAUGUUGGUUAUGGGAACCGCACCGAUGCUGUUAAUGUCUACACAUUUAUUACAACCGAACCGGAUAUAAUGAAUUUUUGGCUAUGGCUAGUCACUGCCCUGGGAACUGGAUUCGGACUUUUAAGUUGUGCUAUAGCAGCGAUAGGAUCUGUUAUUAAAGCAGCUUCAGCGUCAAAAAAGCGAGGCACAAUGGUUUUGCUAUUUGUAUCAAAUAUCUCAUCGGCAUCAUCGCAGAUUAUUGCAUUUGUUUGUUGGGUUAUUCAGUUCUAUCAGUACCUAACUCACAAUGUCUUGCCAUUGGAGGAUCGAACAAAGAUGCGUUGGUACAGUCAUGGAACAGCUUCAUUUGGUUUUAGCUUUUUCAUGCUUGUUUUAUCAAUACUUAUUGUCUUAAUCAAUAUUGUCAUACUAAUUUAUGCAAAACGCCGUGAACACAGAGAGGAUCAUCGUUUUGAGCCACCAUCGGAGGAGAAAAAUCAAAGUGCUAUAAUGCUCUAUUAAAAAAUGCCAACAAAACUUGCCUUUGUAUUGUUUUAAUUUUUUUAGUUUUAAAAAAAAGUUUAUUAUAAUGAAUCUCUCAGUUAAUAAGUUUUCUACUUAAUGCAAAAGUCAGUAAGGUAAUGUCGUAAUGUUUAUGUUAAGUGAAGAAACUAGAAUAUCAAAAAUACUCCCAAAAAUAAAAUAAAAAGAACUAAAGGGUUAUCUCUUUGAGCUGAUAAACUAACUCGAAUAUAAUGAAUUAAAUUAUAAUU